UAAAAGAAGUCAGUAAUAGAUUUUUUUUCACUUGAGAAGGAGAAACACUCACUCUCUGUCUUAUCCAUUUCAUCCUGUUUCAUUACAAGACUUGAACUGAAGAUCUUGUUACAACAAGAAAACCAUGAGUUGUUUAACUCAACCACUGUCCACUACAAUGAACCAGAACAUAUCAUACAUGUCAUGUUUUGUCAAUCCUUUAACUUCAGUUUCUUACAGAAUGCUAUCUACUUCAAGAAAACAUCAGCAGCCUGCUUUCUUGAAGACCAGAGCAAUGGGUAGAGAGCUUUUCUUCAACCAUGAUGGAGCUGCUACAAGGAAGCUUCUGGCAGGUGUGGAGCUGGUGGCGGAGCUGGUGGGAGUGACAUUGGGCCCAAAAGGAAGAAAUGUGGUUUUGCAAAAUAAGUAUGGACCUCCCAAGAUUGUUAAUGAUGGUGAAACUGUUCUUAAACAGAUUGAGCUAGAGGAUCAUCUGGAGAAUGUCGGUGUAAAGUUAGUGAGGCAAGCUGGAGCAAAAACAAACGACCUUGCUGGUGAUGGAUCCACCACAUCUGUUUUGCUUGCUCACGGUCUGAUUGCUGAGGGCGUGAAGGUUAUUGCUGCUGGGAUGAACCCUAUUCAGAUAUCACGUGGAAUUGAGAAAACUGCUUUAGCCCUUGUUUCUGAGCUUAAGUCAAUGUCAAGAGAGGUUGAGGAUCAUGAGAUUGCAGAUGUUGCCUCUGUCAGUGCUGGUAAUGAUCCUGCAGUGGGAAAGAUGAUUUCUGAAGCUCUUGAACAAGUGGGAAAGAGAGGGGUGAUCACAAUUGAGAGGGGGAAUUCUGUUAACAACACUUUACAAAUUGUAGAAGGAAUGAAGUUUGAUCGCGGAUAUUUGUCUCCAUAUUUUGUCACUGAUAGACGAAGAAUGAUUGUUCAACUUCAGAACUGCAAGUUACUUUUGGUAGACAAAAUCAUCAAAAAUCCAAAGGAGAUGUUGAAAAUACUGGAUAACGCAGUAAGGGAGGAGUACCCGAUUCUGAUAGUUGCAGAGGGCAUUGAGCAGGAAGCUCUGGCUCCAGUAAUAAGGAACAAACUCAAGGGAGUUCUGAAAGCAGCUGCCAUUAAAGCUCCUGCAUUUGGCGAGCGCAAGAGCCACUGCUUGGAUGACAUUGCUAUAUUAACUGGAGGUACAGUAAUCAGAGAUGAGAUGGGUUUAACCCUUGAAAAAGCACGAAAGGAGUUAUUGGGGACUACCACGAAGGUAGUAAUUACGAAAGAUUCUACUUUGAUUGUUACUGAUGGCAGCACUCAAGCCGCUGUUAAAAAAAGAGUCUCGCAGAUUGAAAAUCUUGUAAAGAAUACGAAAGAGAAGUUUCAAAAGAAGAUACUGAAUGAAAGGAUUGCAAGACUAUCUGGAGGAAUUGCCAUUAUUCAGGUAGGUGCACAAACACAGAUUGAGCAAAAGGAUAAACAAUUGAGGAUAGAAGAUGCUGUUAAUGCAACCAAGGCAGCAAUUGAUGAAGGAGUUGUAGUUGGCGGAGGCUGUUGUCUUUUAAGGCUAUCUCUGAGAGUGGAUGAAAUUAUGAAUACUUUGGACAAUGAAGAGCAGAAGAUAGGAGCCGAAAUAUUUAAAAGAGCUUUGAGUUAUCCAGCAAGACAGAUAGCCAAAAACGCGGGAGUGAAUGGAAACGUUGUUAUAGAAAAGGUUUUGUCCGUCGAUGAUGCAAAAUAUGGAUAUAAUGCUGCAAAAGACCAAUAUGAGGAUUUGAUGGCUGCUGGAAUUCUUGAUCCGACAAAGGUAGUUAGAUGUUGCAUAGAGAAUGCAGCAUCGGUUGCAAAGACCUUUUUAAUGUCUGAUGCUGUUGUCAUAUACAUCGACGAGCCAGCCCCCAGAAGAAGGAGAAGACCAAUGCCCGCUUUAGAUGAACCAGCCCCCAGCAGCAGAAGAAGGCCAAUGCCUAGUUUAGGUGAUCUAGCCCCCAGCAGGAGAAGACCAAUGCCCUCUUUGGAUGAUCUAGCCCCCGGCAUGAGAAGACCAAUGCCCUCUUUGGAUGAUCUAGCCCCCGGCAUGAGAAGACCAAUGCCCUCUUUGGAUGAUCUAGCCCCCGGCAUGAGAAGACCAAUGCCCUCUUUGGAUGAUCUAGCCCCCGGCAGGAGAAGACCAAUGCCCACCCCUGGUAUGGGGCCACUUGGCCUAUAAUCUCACUCGUAAAUUUUCAGACUUCCAAACCAUUUAAUAUUUCCCACCACCAACAAGAAAUUCAGCUCGGAAAAUCAAUCCAGAGGUUCAGCAAGAUUUUCAUCUAUGUCAUCUGCUAGUCAUGACAGACUUAAGCAACAUAUCAGUUGCCACUGGUUGAUCAGGGAAAAUUUUACGUCAAAGAUCAUUAAAACCCGGUGGUAACUAUUAAGCGAGCAGAUGAAAGAUACCUGGACUGGGAAAUCAUACCAGAGUGUAAAUAAAAUGACAAUUAGUUGUCACUAAGUAGCCUAAGUAGAGAAGAUACAGAGUCUUCUAAUGUAUUAGUUAGAUUCUAUAGUGAAAUCUCUUGUAAUAUAUAUUAUAUAGAGAUGUUAUUUUGUCUCAUUUCAUAGUUUAAAGUUUUGGAUUUGCAAAUUUAGCAAGCUUAAAUUGUUGUGGAAAUAAUGCAAUGCUUUUCCCUAGGAGGAUGGAUAAGCCUGUAAAAAUUGGCCAA